CAACGUUUGUAGUUUUGUCAAAAUUUCUGGAUUGGAAUAGGAAAUUUCGUUAACCUUAUAUUAUAGUACCAUCAAAUUCAAGUUUAGUGAGGUCGACCAACUUAUCGUUGGUUAAAUACCCCAAUCAUUGGCAACAUACCGAUCCAGCUCGUUUCCCGUAAAUCAUGUCCAACUAUGCAGGCAAUCGCCAAUUGACCACACGCAGCUCUGACAUUGAUGCCUUGGCUCAAAGGGGUUACAACAUUGGCCAUAAGAUCGGCGAAGGUUCCUAUGCCACUGUGAUCACCGCUGGAUAUGCCGACGAAAGCGGACAUGGCGUUAACUUGGCCUGCAAGAUCAUCGACAAGGCCAAGGCGCCCUCCGACUUUGUGCACAAAUUCUUUCCACGCGAGCUGGAAAUCCUGACGAAACUCGACCAUCCGAAUAUCAUACAAAUUCACAGCAUCUUGCAGCGCGGUCCAAAGAUCUUCAUCUUUAUGCGCUAUGCCGAAAAAGGUGAUCUCCUGACGCACAUCAAGAAAUCGGGCCCCAUAGAUGAGAAACAGUCAAAGGUCUGGUUCUUUCAAAUGGCGAAGGCUUUAAGAUAUCUCCACACCCAUGACAUAGCCCAUCGGGAUCUUAAAUGUGAGAAUAUUUUGCUCUCGAAACGUCUGAAUGUUAAACUGGCUGAUUUCGGAUUUUCACGCUAUUGUCGCGAUGAGAGCGGAAAUCAGAUUAAAUCGGAGACUUAUUGCGGUUCAGCUGCUUAUGCGGCACCUGAAGUUGUGUGUGGUGUUCCCUACGAUCCCAAACUGGCUGAUGCCUGGUCCUUGGGUGUCAUAUUGUUUAUAAUGAUGAACGCCAAAAUGCCAUUUGAUGAUAGCAAUCUGACCAAACUGUUGGAGGAUCAGCGCGGCAAGAAAUUCGCCUUUCGCCGCAAGCUACAGGAAGUGAUUUCGACUCACGCCAAGGCGACAGUGGCGGUGCUGCUGGAACCAGAUGUGGAAACACGUUGGGAUCUGCGCGAGAUUCUCAACUGCAAAUGGCUGCUGUCCAUUGAGGAGCCGCGUCCAUCGGCCUCCACUUGAGUGGUUGGGAAAUGUGCUGGACUCACUUUUUGGUGUAACUUGAAAUUGUGUUAUCAGAUAGUCUACAUAUAUUUUAAAUCCCCUACUAUGUGUAUAUAUAUAUAAAAAUAUAUCUGUGGAUAUUUCUGUCUCAUACAUAUAUAUAUAUUCAUAGUCAGGUCUAUGCUUAAGUAAUCUAUUGUCAGUUGCCCUAAUAAAUAUUAAAAAUUGUCAAUCGA